AAUAAUGCGUCUCUCCUUCGUCCUUGCCGUUGUUGCUGCUUUCAAGUUGGCAGUGCCUGUGGCUGGCAGUGAUGAUAUUACAUGCCCCGUCAGCUGCGAAAACAUAUAUUGCUGCUCUGGCUGGGAAUGCCAGGAAGUAUCAGAAGUCGAGCCAUUUUUUGUGAGUGAGCAGUUUUCAUGUAACCCCGUGGCUCACCGACGUGGUCACCUAGGUCCAAUUUAUGUGUGUCAUGACGACUGGAAUACCACACUCGUUCUAGAAAGAAGAGAAGAACUCAGUCUCAGUUGGAAAGACUUGGGGGAAACUAUAUCAUGCGGAGAGAAAUGGCCCGGGACAUAUCAUGUUUGUGACAUGCGAGUCAGUACUGAGCGCAGUACUGAGCUACAGAUAUUUCUACUUCAAGUUUCGCAUUGGUGCAAUGUGGUUGACGACACGACAUGUAAGUAGUUCGUUGCUGUGUGCUUGGCCAUCACGGUGAACAAAUUUCACCAUGGAAGACCUUAAACGAGAGGAAUAUCUCGAACACUUGACUCCAUGAAAUACCAAUACGACUGAAGUACUUACGACACGUUCAAG